GUCCCUCCUCAGAGUGACCCACAGCAGGAAAGGGAAGUGAGGAGUGAGGAGCUCCACUGAAGGAGAUGAAUGUGAGCGAGCUGUUUGGGACUGAUAUUGUCGCUGAAAUGAAUCGUUUCGCAAUGGAGGAAUUUAUCGACCUGUGCUGAUAUAUCCACCCCAUCUAGCGACCUCCAGAACCCAGCGGGACACAGACACACACCGGGCUGCAGUCAGGUUGCGUGUAGAGUGUGGCUGCCGCUGUUCAUCAUGUUGGACCACGCAGAUGUGAGUUUAACGCCGGAGGAGAGAGUCCGUGCUCUGACCAAGAAGGGCAGCUCAGUGGACGUCAAUGAGGCCGUUCCUGCCCGCCGCUACUUCCGUUCAGGCAUGGAGAUGAUCCGCAUGGCACACGUCUAUGCUGAGGAGGGCAACCUGGAGCACGCUUUUGUCCUCUACAAUAAAUACAUCACGCUUUUUAUCGAGAAACUUCCCAAACAUCCAGAGUACAAAUUGUCCAACAUUCCUGAGAAGAAGGACACUCUUAAAAAGCUGAAAGAGAUAGCCUUCCCUCAGGCUGAGGAGCUGAAGAAAUGCCUGCUCAGGAGAUACGAGAAAGAGUAUGCUGAGUAUCUGGCCAAAAAACGGGAGGAGACUGCUGCUCUGGAGCGAGAAAUGUCUCGGCAGAAGGAGCUGGACGCUGAGCGGAGGCGUGUGGCGGACCUGCAGAGGAGGCAGCUGGAGCAGGAGCAGUUCAGUGUGUUUGAGGAGAUGAUCCGGCGGAAGGACCACGAGCGCGAGCGUCAGCGCGUCGUCCGCGACUUCAGCACUCCCACCUCACCUCCCGACGACGCCCCGCUUAUUCCUGGCAUCCAGGGCCCGCCAAUGCCUUACCCAGCAUCCCCCACACCACCUCAGAGCCCUCAGUACCCCUCCCUCAAUAACAGCACACCAUCAGCGCCAGCCUCGACCAAUCCGGCUCCUCCUCCCACCUUUGACCGCUCGCUCAAACCAAGCGCUGGCGACAGGACAGCCAACAGUACACUGGUGGAUGGUUUGAGGCAGGUAUCCGUCCCCUCAGAACUGUGCACUAAUUUCCUGCGCUUGGCCAACAACAACACAAUCCAAGACAAGGAGACGUGUGGAAUACUCUGUGGUCAAUUGACGAGGAAUGCGUUCACAGUGACGCAUGUGAUAGUGCCUAAGCAGUGUGGUGGCCCAGAUUUCUGCGACACAGAGAACGAGGAGGAGCUGUUUCUGGUGCAGGAUCAGCACAACCUCAUCACACUGGGCUGGAUACAUACUCACCCGACUCAGACAGCCUUUCUCUCCAGUGUUGAUCUUCACACUCACUGCUCCUACCAGCUGAUGCUACCAGAAGCCAUCGCCAUCGUCUGCUCUCCUAAAUUCAACCAGACAGGCUACUUCAGACUGACUGAUUAUGGGAUGGAGGAGAUUUCCACCUGCACACAGAAAGGCUUUCACCCACAUUCCAAAGAGCCUCCCCUGUUUACAGGUGGCAGCCACAUUGUGAUCACAGAAAGCACCGUCACGAUGUUAGACCUGCGCUGAUCGACUCCAGCCCCAUAACAGCGGUACAAUGAAGCAUUUUAAACUUGGAUAGCAGCUAUAUACCAUUAUUCUUCUUCUUAACACGCUAUGUGGACCGACACUUGCUAAACGUGGGAUGGUUUUAUUUUGACCAAUCAGCAUUUACAGGUGGUGGGAUUUCUUAAAGAGACAGACAUCACUGUCUGUGAUAAGCACUUUGGAAGAGAAACCUCUCUUGGACUGAGGAAAGUCUGUACAGACAUCUGCUGGGAGCUCAGGGACGUAUGCUCAUCUACAGAACUGUAACAUUACCACCUUUCACACUCAUGACUGACUUGAUCGUCUUCUUUGUUUGGUAUUAAUUUUCAAAUCAUGUCUGUUAUUUUGUUCUAGUCUGUGUUUUAUGAUGGCGAUGGUGGUUCACACUAACAUAGCUCAUCUGUGUAAAUAAAACUAAGGAAACCUGG